AUGUUAUUUUCUGCUAUAAGAGCAAAAGGAGGCUUCAAUAAUAAUCCGACAGUAACUCAGUUUGAAGCUGCAUAUAAAGCACUUCUAGUACACCCUGAAAUCAAAUCAAGCACAAGUGCAAAUUGUCUUGCACAAGAUAGUACAAGUAUACUUAAAAUAUCAAGUUUAAAAAAAAAGUCACCAAUCAAAGACCAAGAUGUGGUACUUGAUUUAUUAUGUGCAGCUGGGACUCAACAUAUUGUAGAAGAUGAAGAUGAACUAUUAACAGUAUACCAAAAUUCCAAUUAUAUUAAAGAUGUAGUGGGAUAUAUCGCUGGAUUUGUGGUGAGAUCCAUUUUGAAGUGUAUUCAAUGUGAAGUUUGUGCUAAAGAAAUAAAAUCACAUGAAACAAAUUCACUAUUACUGAAUAAAAAAAAUAGAGGUGGUCUUACAAUGGCCAACGCUGAUGUAGUUAGUAUAUGUCAGAUUGCAGAACGUACAGUCAGAGAAUAUUCCAAAAAAUCUAACCACAUAAAACCAUUUGAUACAGAUGAUUAG